AUGCUGGAGCAGAUAGAAUCUGUAGAUGGAGUAGAUAGAGGAGAAGAAAAAUGUGAAGAAAUAAUAUUUUUUAUUUUUAUUCCUUCACCACCAUAUGAAAGUAUAGAAAGUCCUCCAUUUUAUGAGAAUGUCAUCCUUGAAAUUAUGAUGCUUGAACAAAUAGUAUCUGUAGAUAGAAAAAGUCCUUCAUUUUAUGAUGAUGUUAUUCUUGAAAUGAGAAUGCUGAAGCAGAUAGAAUCUGUGAAUGGAGAAGAUGAG